GCGUGCGCAGUGCGCUCCAUCCGCCAUUGCUAAUCGCCAUAUUUGUUUAUGAAAACGUAAAUGUGCGUCCUCUCUAGAAAAAAAUCAAGUUAAUACUAAAUAAGUGUGUACUGAUAGAUUUUACUAGUUGGAUGCAAAGCAGGUCUUUUCGUGCAUAAUUAAAAUCAUAUUUUUACCAUAUUCUGUCUGUGAGAUUUUUACCCAUCCAGGAAAGAAUAAGGAUGUCUGACGAGGAAAGUACAGAAGCUGUACCCGCCGUUCGGACACGAUCUGGCAGAGCAGUAAAGAAACCUGUACAAACUAGAGCAAAACCUUGCCCAGCAAGCCGCAAAAAUCGCAAGAAGUCAGCUGUUCAGGAAGUCACAACCACUGAAGACAAAACUGAUGAGGAAGUGCCAUCUAGUAAGCAAGUGGAACCUACUGAAGAAAUGUCACCUAAAAAGGGACUAAAAAAAACAGAAGAGGAACAGGUCCAAUUGGAUGAGGACAAACUUCUAGCAGAUUCAGAUAGUGAAAUUUGUGAGGCAACUAAUAGCCAAGAAGAUGAAAUGUUAUUAGGCAGUCAAGACCUGUCAGAAAAGAAAUCUGACGAACUAAUAAUGAACGACAUUGCCAUGCUGGAAGGAAUUAUUCAUACCAACCAGAAAAUUGAACAGGAAAUCGGCAGUAAUGUUGAAGAAAUGGAAACUAACGAUGUUUCAGAAGAAAUGGCAGUUAACGACGUUCCAGAAGAAAUGGCAAUUAACGACGUUUCAGAAGAAAAGGAAAUUGAAGACGUUGUCAAAGGACAGGAAACAGUAUCUGAAGUGUCUGUGCCUUUAAUACAAGAGGAAAUAGAAAAUGAUGGAGUUGCUAUAGCACAAGUAGUUGAACAAGAGAAACAGGAGAAUGGCUUGCAUCAAGAAGAAAAUGGUUUGGCACAAGACAUGGAAACUGAUGAUGUGAAAGCAGGUACUGACGAUGUAAAAGAAAAUACUGUUGACGAAAUAAAAGAAAAUACUGUUGACGAAGUAAAAGAAAAUAUUGUUGACGAAGUAAAAGAAAAUACUGUUGACGAAGUAAAGGAAAAACCUGUUGACGAUGUAAAAGAAACUACUGUUGACGACGUAAAAGAAAAUGCUAAUGAUACAAAAGAAAAAGAGAAAAUGGGUGUUACCGGAACUGAAUACAUUUCCGAUGAAGAACUGCCAGCCCCACCUGUAGAAAAGGUUCCAGAAGCUGAAGAGGUAUCUGAUGAAGAGCUACCUGGACCAGAACGGGCCGAACUACCCGCUGAUACUGAAGUGGUGUCUGAGGACGAGCUCAAAAGUCCUAAAACGCCUAAAAAGGAUGAAGAAGCUGACGAACCAAUGGAUGAUGAACAGAUUAAACAAAGAGAGAGGAGCAAAAGGAAACUAGGCCUUGAUGGAAGCGCGGGCACCCAGUCCUAUUCCCCAUGUUAUUCUCCGGGAUCGCCCACAGGAGAAAGUGAGACUCCUGCUAAAAAACCAAAAGAAGAGAAAACGGAAAAAGAUAAAGGUGAUGCAGGAAAAACAAAACCUAAAAAGUUGCCAGAACUUGAUAAAUAUUGGAAAGCGGUCAACGACGAUCCUGCAGAUUUCACAGGUUGGACUUAUUUGUUGCAAUAUGUGGAUCAAGAGAAUGACAUGGAAGCUGCAAGGGAAGCCUAUGAUGCCUUCCUCUCUCAUUAUCCCUACUGCUACGGAUAUUGGCGCAAAUACGCCGACUACGAGAAAAAGAAAGGCUACAAAAAAAAAUGUGAAGAGGUAUUUGAACGAGGCCUUAAAGCUAUUCCACUCUCCGUAGAUCUGUGGAUUCACUAUCUGUCUCACGUCAAGACUGUCAAAGGCGAGGAUGAGGAAUAUUUAAGAAUGCAGUUCGAGAGAGCACUCGGCGCCUGCGGCCUCGAAUUCCGUUCGGAUCGAUUAUGGGAUACCUACAUUAAAUGGGAAACUGAAGGAAAACGUUUACAGAAAGUAACAUCGCUCUUCGACAGACUCCUUGCUAUUCCAACGCAGGGCUACACCUCUCAUUUUGACAGUUUCCAAGACCAUGUCGCUUCGAACUUGCCCAACAAAAUUUUGGAUGUGGACGAGUUUAUGGCGCUUCGCAAAGAAGUGCGCGCCACACUAAAAUCUGAAGAAAAGGCGGAGGAUGUAGAACUGCCACCUGGCGAUGAGGAUUCUAAAGUUUACACCACCGAGGAUGAAACAAAAGCUAUAAGAGAACGUAUUGUAUCUAUACGGAGAAAAGUUCACAAAAAUACUGUGAACGCCGUCCAGGCGCGUUGGAACUUUGAGGAAGGGAUCAAGCGUCCAUAUUUCCACGUCAAACCGCUGGAACGUUGCCAACUGAAAAACUGGCAAGAAUAUUUGGAUUAUGAGAUCGCACAGGGUGAUAAACAGCGGAUAACCGUUUUAUUUGAAAGAUGCCUGAUCGCGUGCGCCCUCUACGAAGACUUCUGGAUGAAAUACAUCAAUUUCCUGGAAAGCAACAACACAAAUAAGGAUCCUGAACAGGAACAACGAAUCCGCGAGAUUUAUGAGAGAGCCUGUACCAUACAUCACUUGAAAAAGCCUAAUUUACAUUGUCAGUGGGCUAUGUUCGAGGAGUGCUGCGGAAACCCGAAUCGAGCAGUGGCAAUCUUGGAAAACCUCGAAAAACAAGUUCCGAACCUGUUGCCGGUCGCAUAUCGAAGAAUAAAUUUGGAAAGAAGGCGAAACGAGCUUCAACAAUGUUGCGAAUUAUUUGAACAUUAUAUGGUGACUUUCAAAAAUAAGAUGAUAUCUAGUAAUAUUGCUAUUAAAUAUGCCCGAUUUUGCCUCAUCAUGCUCACUGAUUUUGAAAAAGCAAAAGGAGUUCUAAAAUCAGCCAUUGAAAAAGACCCAAACAACUCCCGCCUCUACCUUCAACUUAUUGAUUUGCAUAUGCAAAACAAGAAGUUUAACCCGAAAGAUGUGUUGGAAGUGCUAGACGAAUUUUUGGAUAAAGAGGGUGUUGAUCCGGAUCAGAAGGCGAUUUUUGCCCAUAGAAAACUUCUUUUCCUCGAAGAUUACACUGAUGAUUUGGCAAGCGUGAAAGCCGCAACUGAACAAUAUCAUAAUUUGCUGCAAAAAUCUUCGAAAAAAACAAUAAAGAAAAAGGAAAACGCAGUUGAUUCUGCUACGCCAUCGAGUAGUAGGAAAAAAGCUAAAGAAAGUUCGUCGACUUCACAGUCCCAGGCUUCAUAUGGGAAUGGCAGUUACGGAAAUUCGGCUGGUCAUCAGCCUCCAUACAACUAUUCUGGAACCCAACAACAAGGACAGUACAAUUAUCCACAAUAUGGGCAAGGUGAUCAGUACCAAUAUCAGAAUUGGCAAUACCCUCCACAAGGUGGCUACGGAGGCUACAACCAAUGGAGUGGCUACACAGGUGGCUACGGCUACUAGUUCAUAAUUCUCACCUUUGGAGAACUAGUUGACGAUUAUUUGAUUUUUAUUAACUUUAUGUCUGUAUUUGAUUGUGGCGCUAUUUUGAAUAAAUUGAUGAAUGGAUGUUCAAGAUGUGAAUUAUGGACUCAUAUUUAUUCACUGACUGGGCGCGUUUUACAAAUGUUCUUUCACUAAAAUUUUAUUACAUAAUUAAUAUUUAAGUUUGCUUUUAUUUGGUCUAUACAGUGAGGGUGAGGACAUCAAGUCUGUCGCCCCCUUCUAACUUUUAAACCGCUCGGUAUAUUACAACAAAAUUUGGAAUGAUGAUACUUGAAUAAAUUCUCCAUUUUGCUUCAUGCCAGCUGAAGCUGUCAUUUCUUUUCCAAAAAAUGGAAAGUUUGCUCAAAUAUUAUCAUUCUAAAUUUCAUAGCAAUAUACCGAGGGGUUCAAAAGUUAGAGCGGGGGGACGGACUUGAUGUCAUCACUGUAUAAAAAAAAUAUACAGUUUUUAUCCUUACAGGCGUAGAUUAUCACGUCGAAAUGAAAGUACUACAUGUAAUUAUAAUUAAAAUCUUAUAAAUUGUAACACUAUCAAUUUGUCAGAACCCUUGUUUAGAUAUUCCAAUAAAAUUUAAUUAUUUAUCGUUUUGUUUAGGUUCUUCAAAAUAAACUUUAGAGUUCACAGUACAGUUGCCAUAAAAAAAAAAGUAGUACAAAAAUUGUUAAUCCCAAUUUGAGCUCCCGGUGUAACAUACAAAAUUUUGACAGUAGAAACAGGUCAAAAACGAUUGGAAAAAUGCCAUAGUCAUGUCAUCUGAAGCUUUAUAGGUUAAAAACUUGUUGAAAAAUGCCAAAAAUAUGUCAUUUUUGGUUAUGAAAUAAAUUAAUGUAUAAUAGACCAGGAGACUUUGGAGAUUUUUCUUGUAAUACUUUUUUUUUAUCGCAACAUACAUUGCAGUUUUUUUUUUAAUUAUUAGUUCUCAUCUGAAACUUUGUGAGUGGUUUUUAUUUUAAUGUAACCUACAACUUUUUAUCUAUUGAAACUUCAUUUUGAUUGGUUGAAACUAGUUUCCCAACUGUUUCUGACUGUUUUCAACCAAUGGAAUUAGUUUUGACUGGUUUGUAAUUUCUGUAAAAACAGACCUAAUGUGUCUAAAUUGUCGAUCCACAAUAUGUAUUGUUAAACAGCAUUUUUCAUUUUUCCUCCAUUAUUUUUUCAAAAACGCUGCAAGUGACAAUGGUUUCUUGGUCUAGCAAUUAAUAAAAACCGCCGAUAUAUUAGUAAUUCACUUGCAUCAUAUAGUAUUUUGGUUUUGUAGUAUUUCUGCAGUUAGCAUAGUGAAGCUGGAGUAAAUAAACGAACAUGCCUAUUUUUUCCUUCAAUUUCAGCUGUGAUAUUAGAUGGCG